AUACGUGUACACACCUUGCCCAAUCAAAGUGGAUAAAGUUCGAAAUCCUUCACACGUGCAAGAUCAUCUCUUCUUCUACAAAGUUGAGUGUAAACAUUUCUCCUCUGCAAAGUUCUAGACCUUAAACAAUGGCUUUUUCUUCUCUCUCUCCUCUACCUAUGAAGUCACUUGACAUUUCAAGAUCCUCAUCUUCUGUAUCAAGAUCUCCGUACCAUUAUCAAAGAUACCCAUUGAGACGUCUACAGCUAAGUUCCCGUUCAAACUCAGAAAUCAAAGAUUCAUCAAACGCUAGGGGAUUGAAUUGUUUUUCGAAAAGGGAAGGUUGUUGUUCCAGAUCAGAAUCAAACACGUGGAAGAGGAUCUUAUCCGCAGCAAUGGCGGCUGCGGUUAUAGCCUCGAGCUCCAGCGUUCCUGCCAUGGCAGAGCUUAACAGGUUCGAGGCCGAUACACGUGGCGAGUUUGGGAUUGGCUCGGCUGCUCAGUACGGUUCUGCUGAUCUCAGCAAAACAAUUCACUCCAAUGAAAAUUUCAGAAGAGCCAACUUUACUUCUGCAGACAUGAGAGAAUCUGAUUUCAGCGGUUCGACCUUUAAUGGUGCCUAUCUUGAGAAAGCAGUUGCCUACAAAGCUAACUUCUCAGGUGCUGAUUUGAGUGAUACAUUGAUGGACCGCAUGGUGCUAAAUGAGGCGAAUCUGACAAAUGCAGUGCUGGUCCGAUCGGUUCUAACCCGAAGUGACCUCGGUGGUGCCAAAAUCGAAGGUGCCGAUUUUAGUGACGCUGUGAUUGAUCUUCUUCAAAAACAGGCUCUGUGUAAAUAUGCAAACGGGACAAACCCAUUGACCGGAGUGGACACGAGGAAGAGUCUUGGCUGCGGAAAUAGCCGGAGAAAUGCAUAUGGCUCUCCUUCUUCUCCUCUUCUCAGUGCACCGCCUCAACGUCUGCUCGGCCGUGAUGGAUUCUGCGAUGAAAAGACCGGUCUCUGUGAUGCCAAGUAGUUUAAAGAUGUUACAAAAAUCAUGUAUGGUUACAAUGCAGAUAUAUCUUAUAAUAUGUCGUGCGACAGUAAUCAUGUAAUGUAUUUUUAUAGGAGUAUUGAAUUGUAAAUGACUGGAGAAAGAAAAAGAACAAAAAGAUAACACUGAAAAAAAAGAGAUAA